CCGUACGAGUCCCUGCAGUCUGUGCGACUCUGUGUGAGUCUGGGUGAUUCAGGGUGAUUCUGGGUGAUUCUGGGUGAUUCGGGGUGAUUCAGGAGAAAAACACAGAAAAAUGACACCGAUGACGACGGAACAAGUCGAGAGAGGAGAGAGAGAGGUUAUGAAGUACGCAAUAGAUGGAAUCCACUACGACAACGAGGACGAGCUGUUUUUGUUACGACAAAGAGCGCCAGCGUACUUCGACACAAGGGUUGACGUUCAGCGGUCACUGGCAGCAAAUGGAGACAGGCCAAUGAAAGCACAGCAGUUGCUGCUGCGCUUAAAUCAAAAUGCAUACGUGGAUGACGACCACACCAUGGCAUCUUGCUCUACGAACACCCUUCACCAAGUCGUGGAUUGGAUGUGCAACGACCAUGACAUCGACAUGAGCAAAAGAGAUGGAGGCGGUUCGUACGACACAUCAGCGUUCAAGAAGUUUGUGAGAUCUCAGGCAAGAGAAAGUCAAAUGUUGAAGACAGGGGGUGGUGACGAAUUAAAACCGAAUGCAGCGGAGAUAUUGGCACUGAGCAGGAUGAACGAGGUCCCUCAAAGAGAUCCUAUUGACUACCAUGAACUGGCAACAAUGGUGGUGGACGGUGUCGAGUAUAUGCUACUAGACCAGAUUGUUGACUUUAUGAAGAGUGGAGGCGAGGACAAAAAUCUCAUUCACGAGGCGUUGCACGAGGUGACGGAGGAGGCAAUAGCAGCAGCGGAGGUUGUCGAUGUUGAGUAUGUAAAGGAUCGCACACUCGACCUUGUGUCGGGGACUCCUGUGUCCCGGUGGAAUAUAUUCGAAGCUGUAGAGGAGCUGAUCGCGGCAUCGACGGAUGUGGACAGGAGGAGGAAGAGAAAGACCGUGUUGAAGAAUCCUGCUGCGAAUUCAACAACUGUUCAUGGUGGAUUCAGAGAGUGGACAUUGCCACCGAGACAUCCUUCACGUGACUUCAAUGAAGGACUCGAACAAGCAUCGCAUCAGGGAGAUGAUGUGGUGGUUCCUUGUGACGAGAAGGGCGAUGCACAGACAGGACCGCAACAAGAGAACUCGACAUCAUCAGAGUCGGGAAAGAGCAGCAGUGAAAACAAAGGCGACGAGGCUGCGAAGCAUGUGUCGCAUGAUGACAUUGUUUAUGAUGAUUCGUGGUGGGGAGAGGAAGGGGAGGCGGUGGAGAAUACGCCCCCAGUUGAUGGAUUUCUGGAUCAGGAAGAAGAUGUUCGCCUCCAUAUCAAUAAGUGGUCGCCGCGAGUGCCCAGCUGUGUAGGCUAUCCUAUUUGGGGAGCGCUGAGCGGAUAUGAAAGGAGGACCGAGCUGGUCCUCAAGGAUGUUCAGUGGAUGAUGAAAUUAGCGCUGGCCAGCUCGCAUAGCCUGGUGGAGGAUAUGAGGACGAUUGAGGAAGGACCUGGCCAGGUAGAACGGCAURAGGACCUGAUGGGAGGAAUGUAUCUCCUCGUCAAUACGUUAUUGCAGGAAAGCCUAGACCAGUCAGGCUCGUUGAACCCGGCAGGGAAUGUGAACGAAAUACCCGAGAGUCAGAACGACGAGUUCGAGGAAGGGAAAAUUAAGGAAGCUUUUCGUGCAAAGGAGUACGACGGAAUCAACCUAGAGCUGGGGCUUCUUCUGUCAUGUGAAAUGCGGCUAAGAGAUGCGAGCGAUAGGGCUCAAAGCAUGCUGCGGCGCUACUUAGUGCGAGACGGUCACCUUUUCGUGAGAAGGGAAGUGGGGAAUCCCAGGAGAGUCGUCUGCGGUAGGAAUCGUCAGAUCGACGUCGUAGCAGCGCUUCACGAUGGUAUUGCAGGAGGACAUCGAGGGGAAGGGGAGGCGGUGGAGAAUACGCCCCCAGUUGAUGGAUUUCUGGAUCAGGAAGAAGAUGUUCGCCUCCAUAUCAAUAAGUGGUCGCCGCGAGUGCCCAGCUGUGUAGGCUAUCCUAUUUGGGGAGCGCUGAGCGGAUAUGAAAGGAGGACCGAGCUGGUCCUCAAGGAUGUUCAGUGGAUGAUGAAAUUAGCGCUGGCCAGCUCGCAUAGCCUGGUGGAGGAUAUGAGGACGAUUGAGGAAGGACCUGGCCAGGUAGAACGGCAUAAGGACCUGAUGGGAGGAAUGUAUCUCCUCGUCAAUACGUUAUUGCAGGAAAGCCUAGACCAGUCAGGCUCGUUGAACCCGGCAGGGAAUGUGAACGAAAUACCCGAGAGUCAGAACGACGAGUUCGAGGAAGGGAAAAUUAAGGAAGCUUUUCGUGCAAAGGAGUACGACGGAAUCAACCUAGAGCUGGGGCUUCUUCUGUCAUGUGAAAUGCGGCUAAGAGAUGCGAGCGAUAGGGCUCAAAGCAUGCUGCGGCGCUACUUAGUGCGAGACGGUCACCUUUUCGUGAGAAGGGAAGUGGGGAAUCCCAGGAGAGUCGUCUGCGGUAGGAAUCGUCAGAUCGACGUCGUAGCAGCGCUUCACGAUGGUAUUGCAGGAGGACAUCGAGGGGAAAGAUCCCGUUUAAGGCAAGGAGAGCCGCUGCAUCCCAGGCUAGAGCGAGAGGUCGGGGCUGUAGUGCAUCUCGAUCUACUUUUAAUGCCACUUGGGGAUCAAGGCUAUAACUAUAUCUUCGAUGCGCGCGAUAACCUGUCUGGGUUCGUAGACGGGCGUGCUAUUCGCACAAAGACCGGGUCAGUCCUGGUGAGCUGCAUCGAGGAGUACUACCUGCGUUAUCCUUUCGUCAGGGAAUUCGUGAUGGAUAGGGGAUCAGAGUUUACCUGCCAGGAGGUGCAAGAACUGUUAUCAAGGUCUGACUUUACGAAGACAGYCAUGCCAAGAGGAGGGAAAGGGACACGGCCGCCUCAGAGGCCGUUAGGCGCAUCAGGAGGAUAUGAGCGGCAUGGGUCUCGCCAUCGAGAGAGUACUCCAGUCUACAAUGAUGGGGACAUCGAGCUAUUCCUGGACGGUUUCUGGGAGCAUGCGAGGCGUAUGGGUUGGACCGUCGCUCAGGCGAUUGAGAGAUUGAGGGGAGCAGGUAGGUUCGAAGAGCCCAUUGCCAGGAUUCGUAGGGAGGCGACGACGAGGCAGGAGGUGGAGAUGAGGAUGGUGGAGUUGCGACCCUUGCCUGUGGGACCUGAUGGCAGGCCGAUCCGCCUGGAGAUUGGAAAUGCGUCGGACUUCAUCCCCGCGUUUGAGUGGUUCAUGCAAGAGCAGGGCAUACAGAGAGAUGAUUGGAUGCAGACACUACCACUCUGGACUAGGAAGGCGGAAACGCCACUGGUUAUGCAGUUCAGGGACAUGGCACGAGAUUGGGAGAGCUGCAGGGCACAUUUGAGAGAGGCCUUUCGACGACCAGAGCUCCCUCAGCCCAGAGUCGAGAGGCCGCAGAGGAGUCAGAGGCCGAGGGACCCUGAGCCCAGGGAGGCGAGACCAUCUCGAGGAGGACGAAAGGCCCUAGCCAGGAGAGAGCAUGAGCCAGAGGAUGAGGAGCGAGGGGCAUACCCUGAGUGUGGGUUGGGGCCAGUGGAGUUCCAUCAAAGGUUAGAUCGUAAAAUCAAGUUCCUGGCCAAGACCACUUUUGACCGACACUUGUUAUUGGAGGGCGAUCUGGCGGGGAAGAAAAUGAAGGAAGCCAGCCAUGGCGUACGUCUAGAGGCUAUGGAGAUGGAAAUUCAGGAACUUAGGGCUUUGGCGGCCAGCCAGGCAGCUAUCAUUGAGAGCCUGAGGCAGCAAACCCAGGGAAAGGUGGACAGACCAGAGAGCAGCCGGCAGGGAGAGCAGAGGCAGCCAGGACAGGGAUUGCCAGGACAGUCAUCUGCGACAGAGCCUCGCCAGGAGCCACCUAUGGGGAGGGUUAUCCUCGAGUCAGAGGAGGCGAGAGCACAGAGACAGGCGGAGAGAGAGGCGUUCGAGUUCAGAGCCCCUACCGAGCUCGCGACACCGCCAGUAGCAGCGGCGGGCCCAGUCGUACCUUUGGCAGUAGAGGAGGGGUUGCCACCAUCUAGCAGUGAGCCGGCUCAGGGCUCAGUAGAGGAAUUCAUGUGCGUGCUCCUUGAGGCGGUGCAUACUAUGAAGGAGGAGGUGAGUUUGUUUUCACCUGAGCAGAGGAUAGAGGAGCCUCUUAAGAGAGAGAUGGGGAUUGAGGAGGAGGGUGUCAUCGAGGGCAGACUCCAGAGGAUAGGCACAACUGAGUAUGGACCAGAGGAGAUUGAGGAGCAGCCCACGGCAGUGCCAGGAGCGACACUCGAGAGGAGGCCUCAAAGGUUGGACACUCCUGACUACGUCCCAGCGAUAGAGGAUUUGAGAGGCAGACUAGGAUCUUGGGCUACUGGAUCUGAGUCUGGUGGACCGGUUCCGGGGACAGAGCAGCAGGAAGUCGUUAGUACCGCAACUCCUCGAUCAGAGCAGCAGGGGGGUGUCGGUACCUUGGUGGGAUCUCCUUCAUCGCCACCUCCUCAGCCCAGGAAGAAGAAGUUCAAGAGAAAGGUAGAUCAGCUAUGUUUUUACUGCAAGAGUGACGUGCAUCUGGCUUUGGACUGUCUCGAGUUUCUUGAGGAUAAGGCAGCAGGGAAGAUCUCAGAGGUAGGGGGUAAAAUGUAUGAUAGACAGGGUAGGAUAGUAGAGAAGUCUGCAGAUGGACUUAGGGCUCAGUUAUAUAGGCAAAACCAGGAGGAGUUGAGGAAGUAGGACUGGUUUUGUCUAUAUAAGUGAGCGAGCAUUUUGUGAGGCAUC